UGGGACUGUCGCGCAGAUGUGACGUCACGCCCGGGGGUCCUCCAUGAACGGCUGUCUCCACGUGAGAAUAUCAACAGCAUGACGGCCGGCAUGUAACUUCAGCCCUCGACUGUUGGACUUGUAUGAGGAUCAGAUAUCGAACAGUUCGUCUGUUACAGAAGAAAGACGAUGGCAACAGUCCGCAAGAAGGUCGACAACCGGAUCCGCGUCCAGAUCGAGAAUGGAGUCGCUCUGCAGCACCGCACCAUGUUCGUGGUGGUGGGGGAUCGUGGCAGAGAUCAGGUUGUCAUCCUGCAUCACAUGCUGUCUAAAGCCAGCGUGAGAGCUCGACCCUCAGUUCUUUGGUGCUACAAAAAAGACCUGGGCUUCAGCAGCAAUCGCAAGAAGCGCAUGAGACAGCUGCAGAAGAAGAUCAAAACGGGCACGCUGAAUCUGAAUCAGGACGACCCGUUUGAGCUCUUCAUCGCCGCGACCAACAUCCGCUACUGUUACUACAACGAGACGCACAAGAUCCUGGGAAACACCUUCGGAAUGUGUGUCCUGCAGGAUUUCGAAGCUCUAACACCCAACCUCUUGGCGAGGACUGUUGAGACGGUCGAAGGCGGUGGGAUAGUGGUCAUCCUGCUACGGACAAUGAACUCGCUCAAGCAGUUGUACACGAUGACUAUGGAUGUCCACUCUCGAUACAGGACUGAGGCUCAUCAGGACGUGGUGGGACGGUUCAAUGAGAGGUUUAUUCUGUCUCUUGCAUCCUGCAAAAACUGUGUUGCCAUUGACGACCAACUCAACAUCCUUCCGAUCUCCAGUCACGUGGCAAACAUCAAACCAGUUCCUCCAAAGACUCAGGAGGACGGUUUGUCUCCGCGAGAACAGGAGCUGAAGGAUCUGAAGGAGUCACUUCAGGACACUCAGCCUGUGGGCGUGUUGGUGGAUGGCUGCAGGACCAUGGACCAGGCCAAGGCAGUGCUGAAGUUCAUUGAGGCGAUCUCGGAGAAGACCCUGCGUAUCACGGUGGCUCUAACUGCUGCCCGUGGUCGAGGCAAGUCUGCAGCUCUGGGGCUGGCUGUCGCCGGAGCUGUGGCUUUUGGCUAUUCAAAUAUCUUUGUGACCUCACCGAGCCCAGACAACCUCCACACCAUGUUUGAGUUCAUCUUCAAAGGAUUCGAUGCUCUGCAGUACCAGGAGCACCUUGACUAUGAAAUCAUUCAGUCGCUGAAUCCAGAGUACAACAAAGCAGUGGUGCGCGUGAACAUCUUCAAAGAGCAUCGGCAGACGAUUCAGUACAUCCACCCAGGUGAUGCGGUGAAGCUGGGUCAGGCUGAACUGUUGGUCAUUGACGAGGCUGCAGCCAUCCCUCUUCCUUUGGUUAAGCGCCUCCUGGGGCCUUAUCUGGUUUUCAUGGCCUCCACUAUCAAUGGGUAUGAAGGUACCGGACGUUCCCUCUCUCUCAAACUGAUUCAGCAGUUGAGGCAGCAGAGUUCCGACACUCAGCAGAGCAUGUCGGCAGAGAACAGGAGCACCAACACGGCGAGGCUGGCAGCAGCUCGCUCUCUCCACGAGGUUUCCCUCCAUGAGUCCAUCCGGUACGCUCCAGGAGACGCUGUGGAGAAGUGGCUGAAUGAUCUGCUCUGUCUGGACUGUCUCAACAUCCCCAGGCUCAUCUCUGGCUGCCCGCUGCCACAGACCUGUGACCUAUAUUAUGUGAACCGAGACACGCUGUUCUGUUACCACAAGGCGUCUGAGGCCUUCCUGCAGAGGUUGAUGGCUCUGUACGUGGCCUCACACUACAAGAAUUCCCCCAAUGACCUGCAGAUGUUGUCCGAUGCUCCGGCCCAUCACCUCUUCUGCCUCCUGCCGCCUGUUCCUCCGACACAGAACUCACUCCCCGAGGUGCUCGCUGUGGUGCAGGUGUGUCUGGAGGGAGAAAUAUCUAGGCAGUCCAUCCUAAACAGUCUGUCCAGAGGGAAGAAGGCCUCUGGGGAUCUCAUUCCCUGGACCGUGUCAGAACAGUUCCAAGACCCGGAGUUCGGCAGCCUCUCUGGAGGCAGAGUGGUGCGAAUAGCUGUCAAUCCAGACUAUCAAGGGAUGGGUUAUGGCUCCAGAGCUCUCCAAAUGCUGCAGAUGUACUACGAGGGCAAGUUUCCCACCAUGGAUGAGGGCAAACGCUCGAACCACAAUGAGAUCACCUCCGUCAGCAGUGAGGCCGUCAGUCUCCUGGAGGAAGUCGUCACGCCACGGAAGGAGCUCCCCCCUCUGCUGCUGAAGCUGAGUGAGAGGAGAGCAGAGCGGCUGGACUACUUAGGAGUUUCCUAUGGCCUUACCACACAGCUGCUCAAGUUCUGGAAGAAAGCAGGCUAUUCUCCUGUCUACCUAAGACAAACCCCUAACGACCUGACAGGAGAGCACUCUGUUGUCAUGCUGAAGGAGCUGAAUACAGAUGAAGCCCCAGAGCAGAGUCAGUGGCUGUCUGCCUUCUGGAAAGAUUUCCGUCGGCGCUUCUUGUCCCUCCUCUCCUACCAGUUUAGCAGCUUCAGUCCGAGCAUGGCACUCAGCAUCCUGCAGAAUAAGAAGUCCAAGGAGGAGACGAGCACUCUCGGCAGCUCCGAGCUGGCGGCCCAUUUCAGCCCCUACGACCUCAAACGUCUGGAGUUGUAUUCGAGGAGCAUGGUGGACUACCACCUCAUCAUGGACCUGAUCCCAGCUGUGGCACGCAUGUUCUUCCUCAAGCAGCUCGGUGACAUCUCCCUCUCUGCAGCUCAGUGUGCUUUACUGCUUGGUAUUGGCUUACAGCACAAGUCAGUGGACCAGCUCGAAAAGGAAAUUGAUCUCCCGAGCUCACAGCUCAUGGGCCUCUUCAACCGUCUCAUCCGUAAAUUUGUGCAGGCCUUCACCAGCAUCCAAGAAAAGGCCAUUGAGGCAGAGAUGACGGCCACCAAAGACGUUACCAUGGAGCCGACUGUCAAAAGCCUCAGUGAUGAUCUGAAUGAAGCAGCUAAAGAGUUUGAUGAGCAACACAAGCAGGAAGUAGAGAAAGUGAAGGAGAUGGACUUGGAGGAAUAUAGGAUCCGUGGCGAUGAUGAGGAGUGGGACCACGUGUUGAAGAAAGCUGGGAGCUCGGCUAUUGUCAGCAUAAAGAGUGACAAGAAGAGGAAGCUGGAUGGGGGAAAUGUGACAGCAAGCAAUGGGGGUCCGCAGCACGGUAAACAGAAGAAGGAAACGCAACACGGCAAAUUCAAGAAGCACAAAGACAAACAUGGCAAAUUUGGAAAGAAGGCGUGACAGUAAACAGAGCAACAGCAACAUGAGCUCUAAUUCAGAGAACUUUUGAUAUCUUGGAUGGACUUGCAGAUAUUGAAAAGCAUCCGAAAGACUGGAUAUCACUGAUUUUUUUUUUUUUUUGAAUCCCCGAUGAUAGUUUUUAGUUCAAAAUAUUAUUUGCUUUGAUUUAUGCUGUGUUCAACACCACAAAAAGUAUAACAGCAGAAAAGAACACAAUUCACACUUGUACUAAAUAAGUAUUUUUUACUUUCACUUAUUUCAAACAUUUGUUAACAGCAGUUUUUAGAGUUCCCUUUUUAAUGUCAUGAUUUCUACAAAGACUUGUAUAAAGUUAACGAAAAGUUUUUGUUCCUUUUUACGGAAACCUGAGGUAUAUGGCUGUCUUGAGGCUGAACGGAUCACUGGAACACCUGAGGCUGUAAAUCAGUCCACUUCUGUUUGAGCUGCUGUUUCACGGCCUCUGGUGCGAAGAUACAAUCGAUAGCCUGCUGGGAAAGCUUCCACACGGCCUCACGACUGAGACCGAAUGUGGAAGCUGCCAGCUGAUACUCCUGAGACAAGUCUGUACUGAAGACCCCCUUAUCGUCAGUCUGUAAUUUGAUAAAGAAUAAAAAUCAUUCAUGUUGAACUUUGUUUUUCUGCCCAGCCAUCAAGUGCCAUUUCACGUUCUACAUGAAUUAUUUUUGCAAAGCAAAUAAUCAGAAUCAAGACUUGAGCACUGAAGGAAUUUUGACUUCAAGUACAAACAGUUGGCACCCAAUGUUUGGUCAUUGUCUUUUUUUGUUACUUCUUAGUUUAUUCAUUAAAUCAAAUUAGUUUUUA